UCCCCCAGGAGCUGCGGCGGGGCGGGCUGGCGCUUUCCCGUGUAGUUGAGGGCGGUGGGCGGUGCCGGUCCCCCGACUCCAGCCUCCGCGGGAUGGCCUUCAUCAGUCUCGUGCGGAACCCGGAAAGCGAAGCCGCUCUGGGAAGUUAGUUCACCGACUCCCCGGCCCCGAGCUUUCAGAUUGAAAGGAGGAAUUUCCCAAAUCCUCCGGAAGCCAGAACCCACGCUCUACCUCAUAGCGGAUGUCCACAGCCACCAAGAAGCUGGACUGUGCAGAUCUGACUGGGUACAGGUUAAUCAGGUAGAGUGGGAGAAAGAAGACACUAUCUCGGAAGAAAAAGUGAGCUCUCGCAGGUCAGAUUCUGAGACACAUCAUGACCAGUUUCGAAGAUGCUGAUACAGAAGAGACAAUGACUUGUCUCCAGAUAACUGUUUACCAUCCUGGCCAGCUGCAAAGUGGAAUAUUCCAAUCAAUAAGGUUUUAUAACCGAGAAAAACUUCCCUCCAGCGAAGUGGUGAAAUUUGGCCGAAAUUCCAACAUCUGUCAUUAUACCUUUCAGGAUAAACAGGUUUCCCGAGUUCAGUUUUCUCUGCAGCUGUUUAAAAAGUUUGAUAGUUCAGUUCUCUCUUUUGAAAUAAAAAAUAUGAGUAAGAAGACCAGUCUGCUUGUGGACAACAAGGAGCUGUGCUACCUAAAUAAAAUAGACCUGCCUUACAAGUGCAUGGUCAGAUUUGGUGAGUAUCAGUUCCUGAUAGAGAAGGAAGAUGGAGAGUCCUUAGAAUUUUUUGAGACUCAAUUUAUUUUGUCUCCAAGAUCACUCUUGCAAGAGAACAACUGGCCACUACAGAAGCCCAUACCUGAGUAUGGCAUUUACUCAUCCUGUUCCACCCAAAACACUUCUCCUACAGAAAUGGAUGAAAAUGAAUUGUGAACACAGAGGGGCUAAGAGGAGAGUCAUGAAGGAUGAAGAAAUCUCUAGACAUUUUAUGGAUACUUCACAGUUUAUUGGCGUAUUACUGUCAUCUGUUGUCAAAUUUGGGAUCUCUUAUGAUCAUUUUGAAGUCUUUAAAUUGUAUUAGUCAUCAAUUUAGUCAUCUGUUGCAUUCCUAGAUGUAUUUAGGAAUUAUUAAGUGUAUUAUUAAGAAUUAAGUGUGUUUAAGUGUACAUCUGUGAGGGUUAAUGUACAAGAAGUACCCGUGGUGAUGAAGGAAUAGUGUUCUCAAUAAGGAUAUAUUAUUUUCUUCUUAUGCUUGCUUUUAGUCCUAUGUUUUGUUUUGUAAGGAACCAUCUCUUGGUUUGGUCAUAUUAUUUCACAAGCAGCCAUUUGUUUUCAAGGUCAAGGUUAUGAGCAGCUUGUUACUGGUGGUGUAGCUUGUUGGUACUUGCAGUACUAGAGUACUAACAUAAUAUGUUUUGGAAUA